AUGGCGGAGUCCACUUCCUGGGAGUUUGAGGCCCUGGCAGUGAAACGAGACCCAGAGUCCGGCAUUCUGGAGGUUGCCCUCAACAGACCCAAGGCACUCAACGCCUUCAAUCGGGCCAUGUGGGUGGACCUGCGACGAUGCAUGGAGAUGGCGUCGGAUGAUCCGGAGACCCGUUGCGUGUUCCUCCAUGGCGGUGAGUCGCGGCUCUUCACGGCCGGCUUGGAUCUCAAGAGCGAGCUCGGCGGUUUCCCGACCGGCGAUGCCACCCUCGACGUUAGCCGAAAGGCUUUUCGAAUGGAGCAAGUCAUCAAGCGAUGCCAAGACGGCAUUUCCAGCCUGGAACGUUGUCGCAAGCCCGUGGUGGUGGCUCUGCACAGCGGCAUCGUCGGAGCCGGCGUAGACCUAAUCAGCGCCUGUGACAUCCGCUACUGCACGGAGGAUGCUUGGUUCUCCAUCGCAGAGGUGAAUGUCGGCUUGGCUGCUGAUGUUGGAACCUUGCAGAGAUUGCCCAAAAUCGUCGGCAACGACUCCGUGGUCAGGGAGCUUGCUCUUACAGGACGGCGAAUGGGAGCUGCUGAGGCGAAGGAGCUUGGCCUGGUCGGAAAGGUGCUGCCAACCCAGGAGGCAUGCUUGGCUGAAGCACGGAAAGUUGCGCUAGAGAUCGCCUCCAAAUCUCCAGUGGCGGUGGUUGGCACGAAAGUGAGUUUGAAUUACAGCCGGGACCACACGGUGCAGGAGGGCCUUGACCAUAUCCUCCAGUGGAAUUCCAUUCACCUCAUGUCGGAGGAUCUGAUGAAGGCUGCUCAGGAUGCCCCCGAGCCAGAAGGGGCCAAGGAGCUUUACGAGUGGAUGGAGGCGAAAGGCUGCACAGGCUUGGGUGACGUGCAGCUGCUUCUUGGUGGGGGUGUUGCGCUGCGGAGGCUCGCCUGUUUUAGCAUACUGCGACUUGUAAUGGCUUCACCUCCUCCGCCGCCGGCACCGCCUGCGCCGCUCGCGCCGCCGGCAAGGCCAAAGCGCCCUGCACCAAGCGGGCCUGAUGAAGCUGCCACACGAUUGCAGCGCUGGUACCGCGCAGUGGCCCGACGAAGAUCCUUCAUGGUGAUUGUGAACCGAGCGAGGCGAAGACGGAAGUUUCUGGAGGAGCGACGGCGAGUGGCUCAGCGAGUCUGCUCGGCGGAGGUGGCGAUUGAGGAGAUACGAGAGCGCCUGGCGAUGCCAUCCGGGCACCGUCUCGUGGGUAAAUGGCAGGAAGCCAGCAAGGCGGAAGCCGCCACGCAGGUCCAAAGCCGCUGGCGCUCCGUGAGGGCCAAGAAGAAGCUGGUGAAGCUCGUCGGUGAACAGAGGUAUCAGGAGGCGAUCCGGAAGAUCCAAGACUUCAUCCGGCGCCGCCGGCAGCGCCAUCAGCAGUCUCCGCUCGUCCGGACGGCCGUUGAGAAUCCUUUCUGGAGGCCCAUACAAGAGGAGCGGGUGAGGGCAAUAGAGAACUCCAUCGUAGAGAAGCGGAAGCAGUGGAGCAGUGUGACAGGAAGAGGCCUGAGCGCAGAGCAGCUCAAGAUGCAGGCCACUGCCGAAUACGAGCACUUCCAACAGGGCGUCGGACGCUGGCACUACGAUGUUUGGCAGACCCUCCUCGAGAGAGCUCAGGCGCAGCGGAUCAUCGAGGCGAUGGAAGGUCGCAGCUUUAGCAACCCCCCGCCGUACGGGGUCUGCAGCGCUUACCUCUUAAGGGAGGCCGGGGAGAAGCAUCAGGGCCGGAAGCAGAGCGUAUCCCAGGCUCGAGACCUCGGAGACACCAAGGACGUGGGCAUGGGCCAGUCGGUGUACGUGGAGUCUCAAACUGAGGAGCAAGAAGCCAACGAGCUGCUGUUUGCCUUGGAGAGCAAGCUUGGCUACAACUUCUCGUUGCCCGAAGUUUGA